AUGAACUACAGUGAAUAUGCAUGCAUGUUUAUAUUGUCUGGGUUUAGUAAGAGCAAGAACAACAACGGCUAUGACAUUAAUGUUCCCGGGAGUAAAAUAUCUAAAUUUACAAAGUGGUUAUGUGAAAAUAGGGGAGUAAACGGCUUCUUGUGCGGAAAUGAAAUAGUUCAUUCAAGAUUUGAUUAUAAUAAUUGUAACAGUAAGACUCAAACCUAUACUAGAUAUACAAUCAUAAAAAGAGUCUAUAUAUUAAUGAUAUUUGAUGUGAGUGGACCUAUGAAGUUAUGUGAUGUAUUUCUUAAGUUGCAACUUCAGGGAAGUUUAUUUUUAACACUAUAUUAA